CGUGCACGUUGUGUGUGGAGCAGUGACAGAGCCCGGAGUUCGUCGCUUUCUCAGUGAUCUCCGGUAUGUGCGCUCGGUGUACCCGCUGUUCGCGGUAUUAGGAGCGGGGACUUAGACUUGGCUGUGUGGAUACCGGACAUUACACUUUACAGAGAACAAUAUGAAAGACCAAGAAGAGCCGGUGACUGAAAAGAGACAAGAGAAAGAAGGGACGGAGAAUGAAGAGGAGGAGGAAGAGAAUGGAGAGGAGGAGGAGGAAGAGAAUGGAGGGACGGAGAAUGGAGAGGAGGUCACCCGGGGAGCUGGGGACACCGAGAUGGUAGUGGAAGAGAAGGAUCCAGAAGGAAAGAAGACAAAGAAUAUAAUCCCUGGAAUAAUCUACCUGGGUCACAUCCCUCCACGGCUCCGGCCACGUCACAUCCGCAACAUGAUGAGUCUCCAUGGGGAGGUGGGGAGGAUUUUUCUGCAGUCUGAAGAUCGUGUUGUCAGAAAAAAGAAGAAGAAAGCUGGCAGCAAUGCCCGCGAUUUCACAGAAGGAUGGGUUGAAUUUCGAGACAAGCGCGUGGCCAAGCUAGUAGCAGCCAGUCUGAACAACACCCCGAUGGGCACCCGGAAGAAGAACCGGUUCCAUGAUGACUUAUGGACUAUGAAGUACCUCCACCGCUUCAAGUGGUCUCACCUGAGCGACCGGCUCGCCAUCGAGAAGCAGGUGCGGAAGCAGAGGAUGCGCGCGGAAGUGUCUCAGGCCAAGAAAGAGACAAACUACUACCUGCAGAACGUGGAGCGCAGCAAGAAGUUUGCCAAAGCGGAUCGCAAAAAGGCAGCGGAGCCGGGUGGCAGCGCGGUGCCCGAUAAGCAGUGGAACUUCACCCAGCGGAAGACGGAGGAAGAAAUACAGGCGCUCAAAUCGGGCGGCAACAAGAAACGUAUGCAAAAGCGCCAGGAGCAGGCAGAGCGGGCGCAGGAACAGUCGCAGACCAAUCGCUCGCUGCUUUACAAAAUCUUCAAUACUUCCGGACGGUAGAACGGGAGAAACUGUUCGCCGGAGCGCGACGGUCCCUCCAACAUGGCUGCUUACAGUUAUACAGGAGAUGACGGACCAAGUGUAUCUCCGUGUGGAUUAUUGGAUGCUGAAAGAGCGGGAAAUCUCUGAAUGCAAGGACUGAUUCAUGUAUAACACAAAUGUUAGUGUUUCUCAACCAGUGUGCCUCCAGCUGUUGCAAAACUACAACUCCCAGUAUGCCUGGACAGCCUACGGCUGUACUUUAAGUACAGUGGAAAUUAUUUAUUGUUUUCUUAGUGCAGCAUAGGCUAUCAUUAAAGAAUAAUGUAGAGGUUCUUGUGUAUUCCUUGUGCUUACCUGUGUUGGCAGGCAGGAAAUGUAAGCAGCACCAGUAAAUCUCAUAUGAAUUUUCUGGCUUUUCAGAAAGAGGGUGUGUAGUCUCUUCACCGCACCUGGUCUUCUAUUCACCUGGCUAGACUAUGGCAGCUCACAUGAUGUGCAGUUUUGAUGUGUUUUCUUAUUCAGUGUGCGCCAUUUACGGGAAAGCGAUUUAACCUAUAAUCACAAUUGAUGUGUUUUGAUACAGAUCUGAUGCCUUCAGGCUAUGUUCGUACGUUGCCUUUUGUAUCAUUCUUACUGCGUUUUUGCUGUCAUUUUCUAAAAAUUGCAGGAAUUUGUAGAAUGGUUUGUAACUCCUCACAUUUACCCUAAAAAAAAGAACACAUACAAUGUAUUUCUACCUUUUUUAUAAUGUGUUUCUCCUUUUUGUAUAUUUAAUGGAAAAAAUAAAUGAUAGGGGGGAGAAUUGGUGGACUUCAAUCUGUGAUCUAAAGCUGUUGUGAAACUACAACUCCCAGCAUGCCAAGACUGCCUUUACCAGACGGCUCACUGGUGUGAAUGGGUGC